GAGGAGGGCAAGAGCAAGAGGAAAGGUGUCAGGGAGGCCGCGGGAGACUCAGAGGAGCGAGGGAGCAAGAGGAAGAAGGAGGAGAAACAGAGAAGAGGAGAGGGACCAAAAUGUCACCACUGUCAACACUGUGACAAAUCAUUCACAAGAUCUGGAACUUUAAAGAUUCAUCAGAGAGUUCACACUGGAGAGAAUCUACACAGCUGUGAUCAAUGUGGGGCAGCUUUCACACUGAAAAGUUACCUAAUAAUACAUCAACGCAGUCACACUGGAGAGAAGCCGUACAGCUGUGAUCAAUGUGGUAAAACCUUUUCUAGGAGGGAUAGCCUGGUAGUCCACCGACGUGUUCACACCGGAGAGAAACCGUACAGCUGUGAUCAAUGUGGUAAAACCUUUGCCAUAAGGGGUCACCUAGUAAUCCACCGACGUGUUCACACCAGGGAGAGACCGUACCGGUGUGAUCAAUGUGGGAAAACCUUUACUGAGAGUAGUGGCUUUAAGCGUCACCAGCUCAUUCACACUGGAGAGAAGCCGUACUGCUGUGAUCUAUGUGGGAAAACCUUUACUCAUAAUAAGGACGUUAAAAGACACCAGCUCAUUCACACUGGAGAGAAGCCGCACAGGUGUAAACACUGUGGGAAAACAUUUUCUCAGAUUGGUCGCCUUAAAGCUCACCAGCGUGUUCACACCGGAGAGAAGCCGUACAGGUGUGAACAAUGUGGGAAAAGUUUCUCACGGAGUUGUCAGCUUAAAAGACAUCAACGCAUUCACACUGGGGAGAAGCCGUACAGCUGUGAUCUAUGUGGUAAAACAUUUUCUUGGACGAGUAGCCUAGUAGUACACCGACGUGUUCACACCAGUGAGAAGCCAAAAUAGUCUAAACAAGUACAUUAGCUUUAAAUAAGCAAAACUACAAAGAGACAUAUGAAAGUGCAGCGUCAAGAAAAAACAAACAAUAACUACAGUUGGGUUCGAAAGUUUGGGCACCCCAGGUAAAAAUGUGUAUUAAUGUGCAUAAGGAAGCCAAAAACAAUGGAAAAAUCUUCAA